UACUCUCGCCCCUCGCUACCCACUCAGCCCCAUCGAACACCAUGACGGCCGGAAUUUUAUUGUUGGCCGCCGCUGCGGCGAGCCUGUUGCCGGGAGCACAGGCUUGGUCAAGUAGCAUAGCUACAGCACAUGCAAGAGCUUCCUCCAGUACGAGAUCAAACGCUACUCCUCGCGGGGGCCAGCAUAGCUUCGGGGGAGAGAUGCGGCAGAGGGGAGGGAGAAAUGCCGGGCUGUACGGCGAGCAUUUGAUGGCGCGAUCAACGACAACAGGGUCGGCACGCGGGGCCCUACACGCAACAAACGUGCAGAACGAGGUGGCCGACGCUCUUAGCGACGAAGCUAAGAUCACCAUCGCCUCUGCAAUGAACGGGCUGCCGGAAGACGUCCUCGCCUACGUCAUGGCUUACACGCCGAUAGGUGACACGGCAAGACAGAAGAACGCGUUCACGGCGGGGGCGUACAUGGUGGAUUCGGUGGAGGUAGUGGCGUUGGAUGGGGAGGGUAUGGAUGUGGCGGCCUCCGUGCAGACGAAGUCGUUCUUCGGAAAGGUGCAAGAAUCGAAACAAACGGUGCGGGUGUCAUUCGGGGUGGACCGUCCGCUGGAAACAUCGGAGGCCGUGAAGCGGAGGCUGAUGGAGAUGAGCAGGGAGCAGGGGUUGACGAAAAGCACGGCGACAAUCUACAAGAUUCCUGUAGGCAGCUACGGUGGGCUGCCUGUCAACAUGCUGCUCAACAACGUACCCCACUCGAAGAUGGCGAGGAACUUCAUCUACCGGGGGGCGGCAGAAGCCCUCGUGCUGGCGGUGGAAGACCCCACCGUGCCACGGCGGAUGAAACUGGUGUGCACGGUCCCCGAGCUCAACCCGGCCAUGGACACCUACCGCGUGGGCACGGUUCUGGAGUUGGUCCGCGAGCUUGCCUACUCGAUGGCCGACGUGGGCCUAAACACGCGAAUCCUCAUCCAGCCGAGCAUGGGGAAGGGGGUGUUCAAGAGCCUUCCGCUAGCCCUGUCGGGGGUGAUGUCUAUCAUGCAGGGGAUGGACUGGGAGGACGGGCUCGUGGGGUCCCACGUCAACUUUGGCCAGCUGGGGAACAAGGACGACGUUUCCGCUGAGGACGACGUUAUCCUGGUCAUCAGCCCCCAGAGCAUCGCCGGCUACUCGAUCCACCCGCUGCUGGUGGACACGGUGGAGCACGCGAACGGACGGCCGGUGGUGAUCAUCAACCCCAACCUCAAGGACCGGCCUAGUUCGGGAGGCGUGAUGCAAGUGCGUGGACGUGGGGAGAGGAUAGCGUUCGCCGAGAGCUUCAAGGACAUCUACAACUUCAGGCUCUUGUACGGCAGCUCGGUGGCCUUCUUCCCCAUCAAGGGCGCGGUGAUGAAGGCCGGGCCAUCGGAGCCGUACGUGGUGUUCGACCGCAGGAAUACCGGGAAGAGCAAGGGCGAGGAGUACGUGCCUCUCGGCACCUUCGACGACGACCCCGAUGCCGAGAACAUCACGCCGCUGUGGGGUAGCGGCACCUCGUGA